AGGGUCGGCGGCGGCAGCCUGGGGACCUAGAUAUGGGACAGCCCCAAGAGGCGGGCUGGAGGGAGUGGGGAGGCUCUAGCGGGCCCGAAGGGACCCAGGCGUCCGGCGCCCCCAAGUGGGGGGUGGAUGGUAGCGAGGAGGGCCUCGCAGGGCUGGUGGCGACGCAGGGGCCGCGGAAGCUGGAGCGGAGGGACGUAGGGACCCAGGUGUCCUGGGGUCCAGGCGCGGGGGCCCUUGACAAUGGGGGGACCCAGACCCCAGCCGUGGGAAAGGCCCUGGAGGUACAGGGAGGCCCGAGGAGAGUCACGAUGGGCAGAUGGGGGCCUCGUGGGUUUGGGGGUCCCGCAGGCGGCGGGAGCUUGGAGAGCCUGGGCCGCCCUCCGCCCGGCUCAGGAAGGAGCAGCCAAGCCGCGAGGCAGGAGAAGAGAGCCUCGUGGAGCUUAUGCGAUGCAGGUGAGCCAGGGAGCAACGUUACUCGCUCUGGCGCUGUGUGCAGUCUUCUCACUAGUGCUGGGCACGGAAGGCAAACGGAAGCUCCAGAUUGGGGUCAAGAAGCGGGUGGACAACUGCCCCAUCAAGUCCCGCAAGGGUGAUGUCCUCCACAUGCAUUAUACGGGCAAGCUGGAGGAUGGGACAGAGUUCGACAGCAGCCUGACUCGUGAUCAGCCGUUUAUCUUCUCCUUGGGGACUGGACAAGUCAUUAAAGGCUGGGAUCAGGGCCUGCUUGGGAUGUGCGAGGGUGAGAAGAGAAAGCUGGUCAUUCCCUCUGAGCUGGGAGUCAAUGGGAACAACAUCUGGAGGGCCACAGAUUGCUCCAUCCCUGCACUAUCUGGGAACUCUUUGAUCUCUUGGGUAACUCUACCAUUUUUCUCCCUUUGCUCACAGGUUAUGGGGACCGGGGAGCACCACCCAAAAUCCCAGGUGGCGCAACCUUAAUCUUUGAAGUUGAGCUGCUGAAGAUUGAGCGAAGGCAGGAAUUGUAGCGACAUCUCUUCGGGGGAGGGGGCACGCAGGGAGGGGAGGUAAUCUCGAGACGCGACUCAGGAUUUGUUGAUACCGAUGGGCCAAAUAAAAGCACAGACCAGA